AUGGGCUUAAUAUAUUCGUUGCCGACAGAAGUAUCCCCUCACCGGGUUCAUCACACCCCUCACCGGGUUCAUCAACCAAAGGGGCUUAAUAUAUUCGUUGCCGACAGAAGUAUCCCAACCAAGAGAUAUGGGCUUAAUAUAUUCGUUGCCGACAGAAGUUCCCCUCAUCAUCAACCAAGAGAUGUGGGCUUAAUAUAUUCGUUGUCGACAGAAGUUCCCCUCACCGGUUCAUCAACCAAGAGAUAUGGACAGCCCCUAAUAUAUUCGACAGAAGUAUCCCCCCCUCACCGGGUUCAUCAACCAAGAGAUAUGGGCUUAAUAUAUUCGUUGCCGACAGAAGUAUCCCCUCACCGGGUUCAUCAACCAAGAGAUAUGGGCAUAUAUUCGUUGCCGACAGAAGUAUCCCCUCACCGGGUUCAUCAACCAAGAGAUAUGGGCUUAAUAUAUAUCGUUGCCGACAGAAGUAUCCCCUCACCGGGUUCAUCAACCAAGAGAUAUGAUCCCUCUGGUUCAUCAACCAAGAAGUUUAUCCCCUCACCGUCAUCAACCAAGAGAUAUUCGUUGCCGACAGAAGUAUCCCCUCACCGGGUUCAUCAACCAAGAGAUAUGGGCUUAAUAUAUUCGUUGCCGACAGAAGUAUCCCCUCACCGGGUUCAUCAACCAAGAGAUAUUAAUAUAUUCGGGACAGAAGUAUACCGGGUUCAUCAACCAAGAGAUAUGGGCUUAAUAUAUUCGUUGCCGAUAUCCCUCACCGGGUUCAUCAACCAAGAGAUAUGGGCUGUCGAUACAGAAGUAUCCCUCACCGGGUUCAUCAACCAAGAGAUAUGGGCUUAA